AGCUGAAGACGGUGCAGGAGAAAAUCAUCCAGAGCCAAAAGCAGUUCAAGGACACCAGCGCCGCCUAUAUCAGGACACCAAUGAGAUCUUGCUUCGUUACUCACGCGAACCUAAGCAGGAUGUCCACGCAAAUCAAUGAAUUGCUGCAGAAGGGUGUGGAUUCCGCUAUCGUGGCGGAGGCUUUUAACUUGGACACCAGUGUCGUGGAGGAGGUGCAGCGUGUGCAGGGGAAGGAGCACAGCUGGUUUGGUUGGGAUGAGGCGCACUACCAUCUUUUGCCAGAGGAUGAGGGGGAGACAAAAAGGAAAACAGUGCAAUUGGAGGUCGCUUUGGCCAGCAAUUGGUCAGUUGAAUGGAGAUUGCUUGUGGAGGAAGAUUUGCAGCAAUUUUUGAUGCGUUGCAGGCAGCAGCGACCUUUGCCGUUGCCGUUCGAUCAUGGUGAUGGCAUAGGGCAUCUUGGUGUGUCGUUGGAAGUUUUGCAAGGCAACUUUGGAGAUGCUGAUUGAGUCGAACGCGGAACCGAUGGCUGAUUGACUCAAAGGUCCAAAAGGCCAGAAGGAGAACCAGCUUCAACGUGAAGGUCAUCUUGGUCAUCUCUGAGAGUCGUUCCCUUGGCCAUCUUGGCCAGAAAGAGCAAAUGGUUCGACAGCUGCAUUUCGGGGUGUGCAAGAAAGGACUCAGACCCGAGGGCAAUGGUUCGCAUGACGAUGGUGCCACUUUCUCAAAAUGAAAGUGAUUUUUCCACAUUAUUCCAGCGAGCAAAGACUCGAGAAAACAGAAGCGAGAUAUGUGAAAUGCGGAGAAGAAUGUAGAGGAAGAUGCAAGCCAGUGAACCGCAGAGAGCCCAUCCAGUCCGAAACCAGCAUCCUCUAAUACAAAUCUUAGUGCUCUAGAUUGUCGAUGUGCAUAUUGGUUGGAAGCGUUUUUGGCUUGCAGACACUUGGUAGAUUUGUCUCAUUUGCCCUAUGGCGCCUAGAGCUCUCCUUGGUGUGCUGCUCCUGAUCUUCGUGGAAGCAGACUUCUUGGCACCUUCGAAGGCACAAAAGGAGGACAACACCACUGCAAUUGCAAAUGCGACAGCCCCGCUGAAUAUAAUAGAGGAGGGCUCAUCGCUCUCGCUGCGGACCUGUCUGGGCUUGAAUCAACCUUGCUGGGUGAAUGCUCAGUGCUGCUCAGCACGCUGCAGUCCCAUCACCCGGCACUGCCGUCCAGUGCGCUGAGGCAAAGAGGCAAAUGCUUAAAUCGCCGGCACCAGAGUCACUCUGCUCGUUCAGUGCUGACUCCAGGGAUCUCUGUCAUGAUCACAUACGUAUCCAGUGAGAAUGGUUUUGAGGGCCCUUGAACAGGGUGACCGUGACCAGAUUUUAGUUUUGGUUUGAAACCAUCAGAGGCUUUGCUCUUUCGAUGUGAGCCCAGCCAUGUUGACAGACGUUGCAG